AUGUUUUUUAAACCGGCCCUUCUACUUGCUCUCGGCAUCCCCAGCGCCUUGGGGGCUCUCCCAAGCCGAACAGAGAAAGCAAAAUAUGUUGAUUGGAAGUCAUUUAAGGCAUAUGGCGUCAACCUCGGCGGCUGGCUCGUCCAGGAAUCGACUAUCGACACACUCUGGUGGAACACCUAUUCUGGAGGUGCCGAGGAUGAAUGGGGUCUUUGUGAAAACCUCGGCUCGCAGUGUGGGACAGUGCUUGAGAAGCGCUACGCGAGCUGGAUCACUACUGCCGACAUUGACAAGGCCGCCAAAUCCGGUAUCACCCUUCUACGGAUCCCCACAACCUACGCAGCUUGGAUUAAGUAUCCUGGCUCAAAACUCUACUCGGGCAACCAGACUACCUACCUCGAGAACAUCGCUACGUAUGCUAUCAAGCGCUAUGGGAUGCACAUCGUCCUUGGUGUCCACGGUCUUCCUGGCGGAAUCAAUGGCUUGACUAUUGGCGAGGCUGCUGGUCAUUGGGGCUGGUUCAACAAUCAGACCAACUUCGAUUAUUCUAUGCAAGUUAUGGAUGCCGUUAUCGAGUUCAUCCAGAGCUCCGGCCACCCGGAGUCGUACACCCUUUCGCCUAUUAACGAACCGGCCGAUAAUGUCGAUCUAUCCGUGUUCGGAACCUCCGCCGCUCUCUCCGAUGCAGGUGCCGCUUGGGUCUUGAAGUAUAUCCAAGCAGUGCUUGACCGUGUCACUGCGGUGAACAAGAAUAUUCCCGUCAUGUUCCAAGGCAGUUUUAAGGGCGAGAAAUACUGGUCUGGCAACUUCUCUCGCAGUGAGAAUCUGGUUUUCGACGUGCAUAACUAUUAUUUUGAGGGCCGCAACACCACUUCUCUAAACGUGCCAUCUUACAUGUGCACCGAUGCUAAAACCACUCCAGGCGAUGGAAAGUUUCCCACUUUUGUCGGCGAAUGGUCUAUUCAGACGCAAUAUAACAAUAGCUUUGCUUUGCGCGAGCGCAACCUGAACUACGGUUUGGGUGCAUUUCACAAAUAUUCGCACGGCGCAUCUUAUUGGACUUGGAAAUUCUCUGGCAAUGCUACCGUUGAUGGACAAGGAACACAAGCUGACUACUGGAGCUACGAAGCGUUGAUUGAUCGGGGAUACUUCCACCCCAAUGCUAGCGGUCUGGAGCAUUGUUCUUAA